UGAACAUGUAUUUUAAGUCCAUGCAAGCGAAGACAGAAUGGGGAGCUUUCAACAACUAAAACAACUGACCCGAGGUAAUGCUCUGUUCCUCAUCAUUAUACUGGGAAUUGGAGGAAGCUUUCAAAGUGGCUACCACAUUACCGGAUUGAGUUCUCCCUCACCGUACAUUCAGCGCUUCAUCAACAGCAGCUGGUACGACAGAUAUGAAGAGCCUCCACCUCCACAGACGGUCACCAUGAUCUGGUCGCUCAUAGUUUCCAUGUAUGCUGUCGGGGGACUCUUUGGUGCCUUCAGUGUCAAAUUGGUCUCUGGAAUGUUUGGAAGAAAAAAGGCGAUGAUCUGUAACAGCAUUAUUAACAUUGCUGGAGCGGGGAUCAUGCUGGCAAGCAAACAUGCCAAAUCAUAUGAAAUGAUUAUAUUGGCAAGGAUCCUGUAUGGCUUCUCUUCAGGUCUGGGAUCGAGCACCCAUGUGAUGUACCUGGGAGAGAUUGCACCCAGGAAAAUCAGAGGGGCAGUAACUCUAACCUCUGCAACUUUUGGCUCUCUUGGUAAACUGUUUGGACAGAUUUUUGGAUUGAGUGAGCUCCUUGGUCGCGAGGAGCUGUGGAACAUCGUCCUCUGUGUCCCUGCGUUUUUCUCACUGGUUCAGAUUUUAGUGUUGCCUUUUCUGCCUGAGGCUCCCAGAUACUUAUUCAUAGAGAAAGGCGAUGACAAGGCAUGCAAAAAAGCUCUCCAGAGUCUGUGGGGUCAGGGUGACUACAAACAGGAGAUGGAUGAGAUGUUGGCUGAGCAGGCGGCCAUCGAUGCAGCGCCACCAAAAACCCCUUUGCAGCUGCUGAGGGACAGGACUGUGCGAUGGCAACUUCUCACCAUAUCUAUUAUCUACUUCUCCAACCAGCUGUCAGGCAUGUCCACGAUCAGUACUUUCUCCUUUGACAUCUUCCUGAAGGCAGGCAUACCGAGAGAAAAUAUCCGCUAUUUAACUGUUGGUCUCGGAGUGUCUGAAAUCAUCACCUCCAUCUCCUGUGGGAUGCUGAUGAUUGAGCACAUAGGGAGGAGGCCGUUGUUCUGGGGGGGUUAUGGUGUCAUGGGUGCCAGCUUGGUGUUCGUCACUGUAACGCUCAACCUGAAGGAUUCCAGCGAUUGGGUUCCAUACAUUAUGGCUAGUUUGAUCAUCGUCUUCAUCAUCUUCUUUUGCGGAGGACCUGGGGGAACUACGGGUACUCUCCAUAGUGAGCUCUUCAUCCAGAGCGACCGAAUGGCAGCUUUUGUCCUCAUUGGGAGCCUACGCUGGUUGUUCUUCGCUUUGGUGGGCCUGAUCUUUCCAUUCCUUAUUGACGCCCUGGACUCGUACUGCUUUGUGCUGUUCGCCUGCAUGUGUCUGCUGGCUUCCCUCUACACCUUCUUCUUCCUCCCGGAGACUAAAGGGAAGACCCUGCUGGAGAUCUCAGAGGAGUUCAAAACCAUCACCAUCUGUGGGAAAUCCUUCUUAGACAAAAUAAAAGCAGAGACCAGGCUAUGAGUCAAGAAACUGUGACAACAAGGACAUUAUUUAUGAUUUGUGAAGUAGUUUAACCAAUUGCUGAAGCAUUGUUCAGGUAAACCGUUACAAUAUACAUGUUAUAAUGGGAGUAGAGGUGAAAUGUUGCCCCAUAUCUCUUUAUCACAGGUGGCUCAGAACUUCACAUUGCUAUUUUAUGCCAGAAGAAAAUAAAAGUUGUCAGGAAAAAAACUUUCAUCAUUUUCAUUCUUUCCUAUUCCAUACUCCUAAAAAAUGUCUCAUCAUACAAUUACAGCAGUUUCAAAAAGCAAAUUGAUUCUGACAUUUCGACUCUCCUUAAUCAGGAGAAGUUAAAGAUGAGUUUAAGACUAAAUUACUUUACUAUAUUUCUGUAUUUUAAAACUGCAAAAAGAGAGCAACCAGUUCUAAAACUGAAACUGUGUGGUUGUGUUGGGUACCCAUUCCUGAUGAAACUGCACCUGCAGCUGUAAUCUGUUUGUCACUGUGAGGUCAGUAGUUUCCUUUC